AAUACUACUCGAGAAAUAAGAUGUAAUAUGUAAUAUGUAAUAUGUAAUAUGUAAUAUGUAAUCUGUUUCCUGGAAAAAAAAUUGUUAUAAAACAAAAGUAUUACUAAGCGUAAUAAUAUUAGUAAUAUUAUUGUAUUAUCGAUAUCUAUGCUUUUAUUGAUAAUUUCAAGUGUUUACUAGAAACGGUUACCAAUGUAGAAACAUGAAAGACUCGUAUGCAGAGUCCACGUGCGUGACAGUUGUGGUUAUGUUUUCUAGUGUGUAGUGUAGUUUGUAUAAUUAAAUUAACAACGUUGUUGUAAAUAAUUUCAAGAAAUCAAGUAAAUCAUGUCGACUUGUAAGAUACAUAACGUUAGGUUUUAUAAUCUGGAACCUCGAUCGGUUACUUGUUUAUCAUACGAGUCGAAAACGAGAAAAUUGGCGCUUGCGAGAAACGAUAAUUCGAUUGAAGUUUGGAACGUUGGAAAUGCACCGUUUGUGGAGUGUACGAUAGCUGGUCAUCCAGAAAACUCCAUUGAAAGCAUUCUUUGGAUCGGUUCAAGAUUAUUCUCGACUGGACUUCACGGUAUGAUAGCAGAAUAUGAUUUAACGACACUGGCCAUUAAAAACGAGGUUGCAGUCACUGGAGGUGCAGCUUGGUGUAUGGAUGUUAACCACAAGAAAACCUGCUUAGCAGUUGGUACAGAAGAUGGAUACAUCAAUACAUUCAAUGUUACUUCCGAUACACUGAUAUAUGAAAGGAUCUUUGAUAAACAAAAAGGCAGAAUUUUAUGUAUAAAAUGGGACAAUACCGGAGAAAUGAUUUAUACAGGAUCUGCUGAUACGAUUAGGGUUUGGAAUGCUAUAUCUGGUCAUGCAGUUCAUAAGAUGACAACUUCUAGAAAAGAAGCAAAGAAGGAAACUAUUAUUUGGUGUUUAGAUGUCACAGAUGAUAAUGUUAUAAUUUCUGGAGAUUCUCGUGGUUGUUUGUCAUUUUGGGAUCCUCACAUGGGAACUUUAAUCGAAUCUCAUGAAAGUCAUACCGCAGAUGUAUUAGCUGUUACUGUAUCCCAUGACACAAAUGUUGUAUAUUGCGCAGGUGUUGAUCCUGUAGUAAGAAGUUUUUGUAAAAUAAUUAUGAAAUCUACUGGCAAACCCCAAUGGGUGAAAGGAAUUGAAAGGAGGUUGCAUGCUCACGACGUAAGAGCUUUAGUGGAUGCAGAUGGAAAAUUAUAUUCAGCAGGUGUAGAUGGAUAUUUAGCACAGUCGAGUUAUCCACCUAAAAUGCUUGUUAAAUACCCACCGUUACUUCAACCACCAUGCGUUACCGUUUGUAAAAAAUCUAGAUGUAUUUUAUUGAGAUAUACAAAUUUUCUUGAAUUAUGGAGACUUGGCUCUCCAACUAAGGUAUUUCCAGAAUCCGUACAUCCCGGUAUGUUUCAUCAGUUGGAAGAAGAGCCUAUAAAGUUGUUAGAAUUAAAAACAAAAGGAGAUGAGACUAUUAUUUCUUGUGCUAUUAGCAAAGACUCUAAGAUAAUUGUGUAUUCAACCGAUAGUCAUGUUAGGGUUUUUAAUUUUGACGUAGUUGAGGGAGAUGUACAGUUAUCAAAGAAUGACAGUGAUAUUUCUGCAACCAGAAUACAGAAAAUGUUGUUCAGUCCGAAUGGAAAGUUAUUUGCAGCAGUUAACAAUGAUGGAAAAAAGAAUACCGUGACUUUAUAUAAAGUGAAAAAGAAACACCUAUGGGAUCUUGGUUCCUUUUACACAAAUAUGGAAUCUAUCAUGAACAUUGGACUUGUAUGCUUUUCCGCUGACAGUAAAUAUUUUGUAUGUGCCGAUCGUCAAGGUAGCAUUGCUGUAUAUAACGUUAGCGAAACUGAGAGUACGGAUACACCUAUGGCGUGGUUAUUGCCCAAGUAUAGCUGUCCACCAACAGCUAUGGCUGUACAGAAAGAUACUCUAAAUUUAGUUGUCGUAUAUUCCGAUCACAAGAUCGUCGAAUACAAUAUCUUGCAAAGACAGUACACGAAAUUUUCAAAUAAUUUACAAAGUCGACUGCCAAAGCAAUGGCUGGCACGGUCGUUUCCGAUAACGAAUAUAAUUUUCGAUCCACGUAACGAGAAUAUCAUAAUAAUGCACGACGACUCGACAGUCUACGUAAUCAACAAGUCGAACGAGCUACCGGAAAAGGAAGCUAAAAUUCCAAGACGCGAGAACGGCGAUUUCACGGAGGACAGUAGCUCCGUCCUGAGUUCGCAGUCCCAACAAGCCUUUCAAGUUCUCAAGAAGUACAAGCACCUCGUCUACUUGGACUGGUUGAGCGAUGAAGAACUGGUCGCGGUCGAAGUGAAUCCUAUAUCUUUAACGGAGAAACUACCACCGACUCUUAAACAAAAAUGGUUCGGAAUGUAAAUAUUCAACGAAAGAGAAGUAAAGUAUAUCUGAUCUUAUCGAAGGGAUGAAAUGUUACAUACAGAGUUAUCCGAAAAACUUGAAUCAUAUAUUUCGAAAAACACUCUGUCACGAAUAUUCACGAUACACUGUUUAUAAUUACACGAGAUGACGAUAAUUAUUUUUCAAUACAAUCGUUACAAUGUAUGAUGCAUUGUAUACAAAAAAGAUA